GGUUCUGUCCCUAAACUGGCAGGAGAGUGGGAUCUAGUGGGUUAGAGCAGUGGGGUUGGGAGCUAGGACGCCUGGGUUCUAUCCCCAGCUAUGAGAGGGGCCGAGCUGGGCCCUCACUCUCCCUCUGCUCUUCCAGGGAAGAAAAUAAAUCUGGACGGCUCCUUCUCCCUGCGGGGGCUCCUGGGCUCGGUGGACCUAGCCCGCUAUUACCGCUACCAGGGUUCCCUCACCACCCCCAACUGUGACGAAGUCGUGGUCUGGACUGUCUUCCCUGACCCCAUCCCGGUGCCUCCUGGCGUGGUGACUGCAUUCCCCUCCAUCCUCCACUCCACAGACUCACAUGCUGGGCCCCGGCUGCAGAACAACUAUCGGCCUCUGCAAAGCCUUGGGGAUCGCCAAGUGGAGGCCUCGGCGGCCCUCCGAGUCGCCAUCAGCUCCUCUUCCACCCCACGGCCUGCAGCCUUGAUCCUUCUACUCAUCAGUAUCGCAGCAAUCACGUGGCACCUGUAAGGGGACAGAGCCAGACAUCUAGAAGCUGGGCCUAGGCAGGGGGGGUGCUGGGAGCCAGAACUCCUGGGUUCUGUUCCUGGUUCAGCCACAGACUCCCUAUGUGACUGUCAUCAAACACCAUCCCCACUCUGGGCCUCAGUUUCCCCAUCUAUAACAUACGGAUAGGUUUUGGUUCACAGUCCUGGAGAUCAGCAUUAAUCACAGUCCUCUGGAAGACUGGAAGGGAACGUACCCAUCAGCUAAUAUAACUCAAGAGAACUGGAUUGCGAGGUCGCCACACCAGGAGUUUGGACUUAGUGGAUAGAGGGGGAUUUGCUGAGUAGUAUAUGUGUGUGUCCAUCUUCUGUCCUACUGCCCCCUGCUG